GCUGCACCAUGGCACUGACUGUCCACCUCUUCUAUUUUCUGGCUCUGUUGACAGCAGGCCAACACCUCAGUGACUCCCUCCUCACCAAGGAUACAGGUCCCCGACCACUGGAGCUGACAGAAGUCUUCAAGCUAUUCCAGAUCAAGUACAACCGGAGUUAUGCAAACCCAGCAGAAUAUGCUCACCGUCUGAACAUAUUUGCCCACAACCUGGCCCAGGCUCAGCGGCUGCAGGAAGAAGAUUUGGGCACAGCAGAGUUUGGAGAGACUCCAUUCAGUGACCUCACAGAGGAGGAGUUUGGCCAGCUAUACGGGCAUCAGAAGGCACCUGAAAGGAUCCCCAACAUGGUCAAAAAGGUAGGGUCUGAAAAAUGGGGGCAACCAGUGCCCUCUACCUGUGACUGGCGUAAAGCAACAAACAUCAUCUCAUCGAUCAAGAACCAGAAAACCUGCAAGUGCUGCUGGGCCAUAGCAGCCGCGGACAACAUUGAGGCCCUGUGGCGUAUCAGAUACCACGAGUUUGUGGAAGUCUCUGUGCAGGAGCUGCUGGACUGUGACCGCUGUGGAAAUGCCUGCAAUGGCGGCUUUGUGUGGGAUGCAUAUGUAACUGUCCUCAACAACAGUGGCCUGGCCAGCAAACAGGAUUACCCAUUCAAGGGGUACCCCAACCCCCAUGGGUGCCUAGCCAAAAGGUACACGAAGGUGGCCUGGAUCCAAGAUUUCACCAUGUUGGCCAGUGAUGAGCAGGUAAUUGCAGGCUACCUGGCCACCCAUGGCCCUAUCACCGUGACUAUCAACAUGAAGCUCCUACAGGGCUACCAGAAGGGUGUGAUCAAGGCCACACCCACUACCUGUGACCCCCAACAGGUGGACCAUUCUGUCCUACUGGUGGGUUUUGGUAAGGGCAAAGAGGAGGAGGGCAUGCAGUCAGGGACAGUCUUGUCCCAAACUCGCAAACCUCGACGCUCUGUCCCAUACUGGAUCCUGAAGAACUCCUGGGGAGCUGAAUGGGGCGAGAAUGGUUACUUCAGGCUAUACCGGGGAAACAACAGCUGUGGCAUCACCAAGUACCCGAUCACAGCCCGUGUGGACCAUCCAGUUAAGAAGCUCCCAAUCUCUUGUCCACCUUGAGGCCAGCAGCCACCCCUCCGCCUCUCCCACAUGGCCACUAUUGUCCUUGUGAGCCCUACCUUAAGGGUCUUCCUGGCUUCCCAUUUUCUCUGUAUGGCUCCAUAAACCAAGACAUGAUCCCUG